CAUCAGCACACUACUCUUCAUCAUUUCUGCAACUUUGUGCUUUCAUUACAGUGCGUGCAAUUAGGACAUUGCAGUUUCAAUAUAUAGCUAACCAAGUGCCUAUACUCUUUUUCUUGUCUCUGACUAACUGACAGUGCUGAGAUUUCUCGCGGCCGUGAACCUCGGAGCUCAGAGCGUCGCAGUGUUUUUCGCAGUACUUUAUAUUGUGCACCACUCUUCGUCUCCACUCAUUUGUUUCGUUUUGAGUGACAGCUUAAUAGCAAAGACGUAUACGUGAUUAAAUUUAUUCCAGAGAUCAGCAGCAGCCACGCACUCAGCUGCAGGAGAUGCAGUAAUCAGGAAGCUAGCCGAAAACCGCACGGGAGCUCAGAGUGAACGACACCACGCCACGAUCUAAGGGGAUAUUGACGGAAGUGGCCAUUUCGAUCGUCUGCUAUUUUGCUAAACGUGCCUAGCAAGAUGAAGUGGGUGUUCAUUACUCAUUUCCUCACCUUCGCGGCACUCAAUUCUGCGACAAAAGGUGAGGAUUUGGAGGUAAAUCCUGACUUCCGCAGCGUUGUCCUGCAAUGGGGAAGCACCCCUGAAUUGAGAGACCAAGUUGAAUCCGUGGAAAGAGUCGGCAAAGUGCUUGUAUCCUAUUGCGAACUGCAGGCCUGGGGAACCCAGAGGUGCAGGGAAAAGCUUGUAAAAGCAACUCGCGCUGGCCGAGUGUUCACUGCCCAACUGAGCGGUUUGCGGAUGGCCACUAAAUACACCUUCCGCGUCGCUCCCGACCCUGAAGAGCCGAGAACCAUGCAAGAGGCCAGCAUCCCUCUGCCUGCUGACAGUGCCACUGCUCAAACAAAAGGAUUCUCUGCGAGAGCCACUCAAUGUCUUGCUAACAGCACUGAGGUCGAGGUGGACACUGGCCCCUACUUCGGAGGAAGAAUUUCAGUUGAGAGCCUCGGAGGACAGCCCGGAGAAAUUUCCCCGGCUUCAGACGACGAAUCUUCCUCCUGCUCGGUUUGGGGCAACGCUAAUAGUCCGCAGAGCACCUACAAACUCCGAUUCGACCACAACAUCUGCGGAGGCACCAAGGCGCUAAAUGAGUCAGCAGUGGCCACGUUUCUGCUUGUCCAAGAAAACCUGCCCAUUCUGACGCACAGUACCCGGCGCUUCCUCGUCUUGUGCACUGCCCAGCCUGACACACUGACCGUCUCCGCUGGAAUCAGUCUUCCUGGAGGAGUCCACCCACACGUCCAAGGGGACAACAGCGUGGGCACAGGCGAAGCUGAGGCACAGUCCCGAGGCGCCAGGCUGCUGAGGAACCCUGCCAUUCCCCCGGCCCUGCUGCGCCACUCGAGUUCGCUCCAAGCCCAAAUCCAGCUGCCAUACCAAACGAGACUUUCCGGCUCGUCUGGUGCUCAACUGGUCAUGAUGUUGGCUCUGGUGACCACGGUGGCUAUCGGGAGCGGAUUCGCCGCUUGGUGGGCCAUUCGUAGGCACAAACAAAUCGCAGAAGCCACAGCUAUUUCAAGGAGGAAUCUGGACGCCUGCUCAGCAACUGCAGUGUCUAUGAGCCGGUCUUCGAGCUUCUCUAGUGCCGAUCUGGAUGACCUUUCCAUCAAUAGUUAUGAACAGUUCGCGACAAGGCGCAGCAUUAAUAGCGAUUUGAGCGUGAUUUCCUCGGCCAUUCGAGGCGAUGCGACCUCCUGCAGUUCUCUUUCGACCGAUACUAGCGCUGGAUCUCUGUCUAGCCACCAUUAUGGCUCCAAUCAACAAUCCCCGAUUUAUUCUGUUGUCAUCAAAAAUAUCGAUGAUAGAUCUUCUGACGCCUAAUUUAGGGCCUAAUGUGUUAUCUAGAAAGGGUUGAGGGACUGGUAAUUUUAUACUAACUAUUUUUAAUGUAAAUAUUUGCACUUUUAUCAAGAGUGAAUGCUUUUGAUUGUGAAGAAUAAAUUGAUUGAAAAACA